AUGGGCGAGGAGCAGAGCACGGUGAGCGGCGGCGGGCCACAAGAGGCGCGGGCCCCCGCUGGCGGCGCCACAGGCCACCCCGAGCCCCCGAGGCCGCGGGGGGACAGCGCCGGGGAGUCCGGGCCGCACGCCGCCUCCGCGGAGCCGAGCGGCGGUGGCUGCGGAAGCGAGUCGGGCUGCGCGGACACGAGCGCCCCGGAGCCCGAGAGCAGCCGGUGGGGCCCGGACGGGAGGAGGAGCCGAGCGCCCGGACAGCCCGCGGGACUGACACUUACCGGGCCCCUCAACCCCCAGACUUUGCAACAGCAGCUGGAAGAGGAGGAGGAAGCUGGGGACCGAAACGAGGGAGGGGAUGAACAGCGGGACGCGCCCCCAGGCGAGGAGCGGGAGCCCAGGACCCGCGUCGGGGCCGCGGACGGACUGGUCCUGGACGUGCUGGGUCAGCGGCGCCCAAUCCCCGGCAAGAGACAAGUUUUUUGCUCCGUGUUCUGCGUGGAGAAUGACCUGCCCGAGGCCCCCACCGCGGAGCAGCUCUCGCCGCCCGCGUCUUCACCUCGGGCUCCGCCCGUGACGAACGCUCCCAGCACCCCCUCCUCUUUCCCCAGCCCCCGGCUGUCCCUCCCCACAGACCCUCUGACCCCCGACGGCGGCAGCAUCGAGCUGGAGUUCUACCUGGCGCCUGAGCCGUUCUCCGUGCCCAGCCUCUUGGGAGCUCCACCCUACUCUGACCUGGGUGGGGUAGGGGAUCCCUACGUGCCCCUCAUGGUGCUGAUGUGCCGGGUGUGCCUGGAGGACAAACCCAUCAAGCCCUUGCCCUGCUGCAAGAAGGCCGUGUGUGAGGAGUGCCUCAAAGUCUACCUGAGCUCCCAGGUACAACUUGGCCAAGUAGAAAUCAAAUGCCCUAUCACAGAAUGUUUUGAAUUCCUGGAAGAAAGAACGAUUGUCUUUAACUUAACACAUGAAGAUUCCAUCAAAUAUAAGUAUUUCCUGGAACUUGGCCGUAUUGAUUCCAGCACCAAGCCAUGUCCUCAGUGCAAGCACUUUACAACCUUCAAGAAAAAAGGACAUAUCCCUACCCCUUCCAGAUCAGAAAGCAAAUACAAAAUCCAGUGCCCCACUUGCCAAUUCGUCUGGUGUUUUAAGUGCCAUUCUCCUUGGCAUGAAGGUGUUAACUGCAAGGAGUACAAAAAAGGGGACAAAUUGUUGCGUCACUGGGCCAGCGAAAUUGAGCAUGGACAGAGAAAUGCCCAGAAGUGUCCAAAGUGCAAGAUCCACAUCCAGAGAACUGAAGGAUGUGACCAUAUGACCUGCUCACAAUGUAACACUAAUUUUUGUUAUCGAUGUGGGGAAAGAUACCGCCAACUCCGUUUCUUUGGAGACCACACAUCAAACCUCAGUAUAUUUGGCUGCAAAUAUCGCUACCUCCCAGAGAGACCUCAUCUAAGGAGAUUAGUGCGAGGGUCAGUCUGUGCUGGAAAAUUAUUCGUUGCACCUCUAAUCCUGGUCUUGGGAUUAGCACUAGGGGCCAUAGCAGUUGUAAUCGGUUUAUUUGUAUUUCCUAUCUAUUGCCUUUGUAAAAAACAGAGAAAGCGAUCACGGACAGGAAUGCACUGGUAAAAUGCGGAUGAUUUCGUGGAACGAAGCCGGUCCGGGUAGGAGCCACACAGAAUGGCACACUCAUCUGAGACUCAUGUCUUGAAAAACACUGAGUCCCGUCCCCCCCCCCCCCCCCCCCCCCCGCCCC